AUGAGUGAGAGUCAACCGACACCAGGAUCAGAGAAACGCUCUGCUCUUGUCCUUUACGGCUCCGAAACUGGGAAUGCCCAAGAAGUAGCCGAGGAAAUAGGUGCUUUGGCGGAGCGCCUUCACUUCGCGACUCAUGUCUCAGCACUAAACCAUGUCAAGGCAGACUCGUUGCAAUCGCACACGGUAGUGGUCUUUGUGGUUUCAACCACCGGGCAGGGAGAUCUCCCCGCCAAUGCGAGGACGUUUUGGAGAUCAUUGCUGUUGAAGAAACUCCCGCCGACCUUUUUGAGUGGGGUUAGGUUUACAUGGUUUGGACUUGGUGAUAGUUCGUAUCCCAAAUUCAAUUGGGCCGCUCGCAAAUUGUACAAGCGGCUGCUGCAACUCGGCGCAGACGAGAUAUACCCCGGUGGAGAAGCCGAUCAGCAGCAUCCAGAAGGGCUUGAAGGUACAUUCAUCCCUUGGCUCACGGAUUUGCGAAAGCACUUGCUGGAGAAGUAUCCUCUCCCUCGGGGACAGGAUCCGAUACCGGACGAUGUUCAACUUCCACCAAAAUGGGGUUUGCAGCUGCAAAGCCAGGACGCAUUUCCGGAUUCUGAACCACCUACCCCUAAGAACACGGAAGAUCCGAAAAUAUCUACAGAUAUUCCGGAUUCGUACCGACUGGAUUAUGACCAGCGGCCGAUCCACGAUGGCCUCACGGCAACCCUUAUCCAAAACAAGCGUGUUACACCAGCAUCGCACUGGCAGGAUGUACGGCAUUUUAUCUUCACUGUACCUGAUGCAGUCUCCUAUGCCCCCGGGGACGUGAUAUGCAUCACUCCGAAAAAUACACCAGAGGAUGCCCAGAGCCUCAUUGAGAUGCUGGGGUGGGAGGAACAAGCUGAUCAACUAGUUUCUCUCGUCCCAAGCGACAACGCACGACCCAUUGAGGACCUACCAGCUCCGCCUAUUCACGGUCUUGAAUCUCAUCCAAAACUCACCCUCCGCGAGCUUGUUAUCAACUAUUUGGAUAUCCGAGCGAUCCCCCGCAGGGCUUUUCUUUCGUCACUAGCCCACUACACCGGCUACGAAAUGCACAAGGAACGACUGUUGGAAUUCACCAACCCCGAGUUCAUCCAGGAAUUCUGGGACUACACCACACGACCCAGACGUAGUAUCCUAGAAGUUCUGCAUGAAUUCGACACGGUCAAAAUCCCAUGGCAGCAUGCAACAUCAGUCUUUCCGAUCUUCCGAGGAAGACAAUUCAGCAUCGCCAGCGGCGGAGAACUAAAACGGACCCCGGAAGGAGGAGCGCGGUUUGAGCUCCUAAUUGCGAUUGUCAAGUAUCGAACUGUCAUUAAAAAAAUCAGAGAAGGGGUUUGCACCAAGUAUAUCUCAACGCUCCGUCCAGGAAGCACAAUGAAGGUCCAGCUGCAACGAGGCGGGCUGAAUUCCUCCGUUGGCCAACUGGUUGGCCCGACGAUGCUGAUCGGCCCCGGUACAGGUGUUGCACCAUUACGGUCGAUGCUCUGGGAGAAGGCCGCGAUCGUUAAAUCAUACCAGGAGGAGAACCCGGGCGUCGACCCUCCAAUUGAGCCGACGCUUCUUCUUUAUGGCGGUCGCAACCGGGCCGCGGAUUUCUUCUUUGACGCGGAGUGGCAGCAAUUGAGCUCUCUCGUGAAACUCAAGGUGCUGACUGCAUUUUCACGCGACCAAGAACGAAAGGUUUACGUCCAGGAUGUUAUCCGAGAGAAUUUCAGCUUGGUUUUCAAGCUGCUCCAUGACAAGGGCGGCGCUGUCUAUGUUUGCGGCUCCUCGGGACGAAUGCCCCAGGCUGUUCGCGAGGCCUUAAUCGAGUCAUUCCAGUUUGGCGGGGACGUCGAUACACAGCGAUUCAGCCGACGGGAAGCAGAAGAGUAUUUGGUAGGGAUGGAAAAAACCGGACGAUACAAGCAGGAAACUUGGUAG